AUGUCCAAGAACACAAGCAACAAAGCCGUCCUCGCCGUCGUCGGUGCAGGCCCCGGCAUAGGCGAAGCAGUCGCCCGCCGCUUCGCAGCCGAAGGGUUUAUUGUCGCACUCCUAGCACGGACCGAAUCCAAACUACAGAAAAUGGUAUCCGACAUCGACGACGACCACGGUCCCAACACCGCACACUACUACCUCACCGAUCUACGCGAAGAGACUUCUGUCAUAUCCAGCUUCCAACGGAUCCGCGAAGACCUCGGUCCUGUGCAAGUCAUGGUCUACAACGCGGGCGCCCGACGAGUCAACGGCCGGUCGGUCCUCGACACUACAUCUGAAGAGUUCGAAUCAUUCACCAAAAUCAACUUAUACGGCGCGUUUUGGGCGACCAAAUGUGUCUUGCCGGACAUGUUGGCCGCCGGCCAUGGUACGAUCAUCUACACGGGCGCCACGGGCUCCCUACGUGGAAACCCUGGCCUCAGCUCCUUUUCACCAGGUAAAUUUGGUCUGCGGUCUCUCUCGCAGAUUGUUACUCGCGAGUAUCAGGAAAGGGGUAUCCAUGCCGCACAUGUCAUUGUCGAUACCCCUGUUGAUGGCAAGUUGAUCGGUGGGUGGUCGAGGCGCCAGUGGCAGCGGACUGGACAGGCGGAGAAGUUGGAUGAUGUCGAUGCUCAUCUUGCGAGGCCGGCGGAUCUUGCGCAGAUUUAUUGGUUUUUGCAUUCCCAGCCUAGGAGUGCUUGGACGCAGGAGUUGGAUGUUCGGCCGAUGAAGGUUAGUAUGUUUUCGAAGUUGUAG